CUUAAGGACAGUAAAGAUUAAGAGGAUGACAAAUCAGCCUUUGCUAACACAGCGCCUAGUGCUAAGCUCCUUGUUUUCAAGAAGCCACCCCCCCCCCAAACAACUUUGGUUCACAUACUCAUUUUGGAAGCCAGAUGGAAAAUAAGAAGAGGGUGAAGUAGUGUCUGCUCCUGCAACUUCAAUAGCAUCUUCAGUGACCUCAAGACACUUCAGGAACAGCCAGCAGAAGGACCUCUACACAUGGGAAGGGACCUUGCAUGUUCUGCCCUCAAAUAAAUUAUAUUGGGACCUGCCUUGGUUCACCUUGGUUCUUCCUCACUGGAUGGACCUUUUAAACGAUUGAUAGAAUUAGGAAGCUGCUUCACAAUCCAGUUUGGAAGUGUAGGUACUCAGAAGAACAGGAUCCUCUUCACAGAAGAUACUUUGUGCAGCAGUAUUCUCAGGAUGGAAGAGCCCAUGUCUAAGAGCAACAUGUCACAUCCUGAAAACAUAAAUGACUUAGGAAUUCAGCAUAUUGCCGAUGGACCUCAAACAGACAGAUCCCCCCCACACGGAGCAGUCCGGGGUCUGCUGUGCAGAGUGUGUGCUGACUCCAGCAGCGGUAAACACUACGGAAUCCAUGCCUGCAAUGGCUGCAGCGGGUUCUUCAAGCGCAGCGUCCGGCGGCGACUCCUCUACAGGUGUCAGACGGGUACCGGAACAUGCGUUGUUGACAAGGCUCAUCGGAACCAGUGUCAAGCUUGUAGACUGCAAAGAUGUCUGCAAGCUGGCAUGAACAGAGAGGCCGUGCAACACGAGCGACAGCCCCGAAGUAUGGCGCGGGUCGGCCUGGACUCUGUGAGCUCAGACGUUGAGAAGGAGAACCUCCCUGCCGCGCGGGACCCCGCCUGCAGUCCGCCCGGAACGUUGCCCCCCGGCCGACCCCUCCUCUGCUCCUCUGUCAGUUCAGCCGCCAGCACGCCGCCCUGCAGCACUAGCCCUGAGGACCGCCACCCCCACCCGCAGGGUCUCAGCAACCCUCCCAGCAGCAGCAGCAGUCCCAGGAAGCAGCACAGGCUGAUGGUCAGCCUGUUGACAGCAGAGACCUGUGCCAAGCGGGACCCUGGAGAGGCGGAGGAGACCCCUGAUGUGACUGCAGAGGGGCCAAAUAGGGAGCAGAGCCAGGCCCCCUGCAGGGUCUAUCCCCUGUCUGGCCCGGAGAGCUUGGACCACGUCUCCGCCCACCUACUCUUCAUGGCAGUGAGAUGGGCCAAAAACAUGCCAGUGUUUUCCCACCUUCCGUUUCGAGACCAGGUGAUUCUACUGGAGGAGGCCUGGAGUGAGUUGUUUCUGCUCAGUGCUAUCCAGUGGGCCCUGCCCAUGGACAAGUGUCCCCUCCUCUCUCGUCCAGACCGCCCCUCCUCUGAGCAGCCAAAGGCCAGUCUCCCAACAGUGGACCUACACUGCCUGGGAGAUGUCUUUGACCGCUUCAAGGUCCUGGCUGUGGAUCCCACAGAGUUUGCCUGUCUGAAGGCGAUCGUCCUGUUCAAGCCAGAGGCACGCGGUCUGAAGGAUCCAGACCAAGUGGAGAGUCUGCAGGACCAGUCCCAGGUAUUACUGGGCCAGCACAUCCAUUCCCUUCACCCCAGUCAGAGUGCAAGGUUCGGGAGGCUGUUGCUUCUGCUGCCAUCAUUCCACUCUGUGAGCUCAGAGAAGAUAGAGCAGACGUUCUUCCGCAGCACCAUUGGCAGUACUCCCAUGGAGAAGCUACUCUGUGACAUGUUCAAAAACUAAAGACGCCUCCACACCAGAACAUUCACUCGUGACCCUAAUGGUAGCAUUUUUUUUUCCUGCUGCACUCUUUUCUAUGUUCUGUCUUUUCAAUUACAAUAAAACAUUUCCCGAAAA